GUUUACAUGAUCAACGAGCAGCUGUGCCGUGCCAGCGACGAGUGCUAUCCGCCGUUGCAGCUGCAGGUGGAAUUCCAGCAGCAGAAGGUCCUCAAUGUGGAGUUCAAAUGCGAGAAGGACAAGAUCCUUGCGUCAUGUCGGGGGAUGAGUGGGGACGUGCUCGCGGAGGUAUCCCUCGAACGAAACGAGACUCUUCGCGGUCUUCACAAGAAAGUCCUGCAGGGGCUUUACGAGCAGCAGCCCGAUACACCUGCAGGCCUUUCCGUGACCAUCAUGGAUGCCGCAUCGGGGCAGCUGCUUUCGCCGCCUCCGCGCUCAACCGAGCCUGAUGUGAAGCUGUUGGACCUGCUGUGA